UGCGGCCUUUGGCAGCCCUCGGUUAUUUCCCGUGGCGCGGCCUUUCCCGCCCCAAGCUUUGGGAUUAGGGACAACGUACAGUGCCAAGAUGACUGUAUUGGAAAGAUUCCGGUUAAGCUGCAACAACACUCCUGUGCCAGCACCCCCUCUGACCACCCCUCGGGGCCUACUACUGAAUUGACUCAUUCAUGCAGCCAACUCCAUUCCACAUGGUGUCCUUGGAUCGUGCGGUGCCAAUGAGCAAGGUGGUGGCGCUGAUUGCAGACCUGGGCUGCAGGUGUGAGUUCUGGAGAGCUCUGUGAUUACCCAGUGAAAACAUUACCAGUAAAUCAUAAGUUGUAACCAUGACCACUGAAGUAGGCUCCACUUCUGAAGUGAAGAAAGAACCUGAACAAUUAGGAGCAGACACAGAUACAACCAAGGAGAAAACGAAAGAAGUAGCAGAAAAUCAGCAGAAUCAGUCCUCCGAUCCAGAGGAGGAAAAAGGUUCCCAGUCAUCUCCUACAGCUGAAAGCCAAAGUAGUCCACACCGCCAGAAGAGAGAGAAGGAUCCAUCGGAGAGCAGGGGAAUUUCUCGAUUCAUACCCCCAUGGCUUAAGAAACAAAAGUCCUAUACCUUAGUAGUGGCCAAAGAUGGAGGAGAUAAAAAAGAGCCUACCCAAGCUGUUGCCGAGGAGAUUUUAGAUAAAGAAGAAUCUCUUCCUGAAGGAGAGAGGCAGGCCAAGGGUGAUGCCGAAGAAACCGCUCAGAGGAAACAACAGGAGAUUAAAGUUGAUGUCAAGGAAGAGAAACCAGUGAGCGGUCCUGCGGCACAGCCUGCUGAUGAAGUAAGUAAGGAGAGAGAAGAGAAGGCUAAAGAAAUACAGGAAGACAAAUCAGAAGAAGCAAAAAGGGAGACCAAGGAAGUGCAGACCAAUGAGCUAAAGUCAGAGAAGGCUUCUCAGAAAGCCACCAAGAAGACCAAAACUGUCCAGUGUAAAGUGACCCUCCUAGAUGGCACCGAGUACAGCUGUGACCUGGAGAAAUGUGCGAAGGGACAAGUGUUAUUUGACAAAGUGUGCGAACAUCUCAAUCUCUUGGAAAAGGACUAUUUUGGACUUUUAUUUCAGGAAAGCCCUGAACAGAAAAACUGGCUAGAUCCUGCAAAAGAAAUAAAGAGACAGCUACGAAAUCCUCCUUGGCUGUUCACCUUUAAUGUGAAGUUUUAUCCUCCUGAUCCUUCUCAGUUGACUGAAGAUAUCACCAGAUACUUCUUGUGCCUUCAGCUCCGGCAGGACAUUGCCUCCGGCCGCCUGCCCUGCUCAUUUGUGACUCAUGCCCUCCUGGGAUCCUACACGCUGCAGGCUGAACUUGGGGACUAUGAUCCAGAAGAACAUGGCAGCAGUGACCUCAGUGACUUCCAGUUUGCACCUACACAGACGAAGGAGCUGGAAGAGAAGGUGGCAGAGCUGCAUAAAACCCACAGGGGCUUAUCUCCAGCACAAGCUGAUUCUCAGUUCUUAGAAAAUGCAAAGAGGCUCUCCAUGUAUGGCGUUGACCUACAUCAUGCCAAGGACUCGGAAGGCGUGGACAUCAAGCUGGGUGUGUGCGCUAACGGGCUUCUCAUUUACAAAGACAGACUGAGAAUCAAUCGUUUUGCUUGGCCGAAAAUCUUGAAAAUUUCCUAUAAGCGCAGUAACUUCUACAUUAAAGUUAGGCCAGCAGAGCUCGAACAAUUUGAGAGCACCAUUGGAUUCAAACUGCCAAACCAUCGGGCAGCAAAAAGGCUAUGGAAAGUGUGCGUGGAACAUCAUACUUUCUACAGGCUUGUGUCUCCAGAGCAGCCACCAAAGGCCAAGUUCCUGACCCUGGGGUCCAAAUUCCGCUACAGCGGCCGCACCCAAGCCCAGACCCGCCAGGCAAGCACCCUCAUUGACAGGCCAGCGCCACACUUUGAGCGUACCUCUAGCAAACGGAUCUCCAGGAGUCUAGAUGGAGCUCCAGUUGGUGUUGUUGAUGAAAGUCUUAUGAAGGAUUUUCCUGGCCCUGCUGGGGAGGUUUCAGCAUAUGGCCCCGGAGCUGUCAGCACCGCCAUGGUACAGGAUGGGGAUGGCAGAAGGGACCUCAGGAGCCCGACUAAAGUCCCACAUGUGCAAUUCGUUGAAGGAAAGAAGAAUUCCUUGAGAGUAGAAGGGGAUAAUAUUUAUGUCAGACAUAGCAAUUUAAUGUUGGAGGACCUCGAUAAGGCCCAGGAGGACAUACUGAGACAUCAGGCUAGCAUUAGUGAACUCAAGCGCAAUUUUAUGGAAUCCACACCUGAGCCGCGCCCUAAUGAAUGGGAAAAACGACGUAUCACACCUCUGUCCCUACAGACACAAGGGAGCCUAGAAGAGGAGAUAAUGUCAAUUUUGUUUAGUGAAAAGGGCUUUUCUGGUAGCAUGAAAGCCACCUUCACCUCAGCCACCACUUGGACAGCAGAGGGCACUGUUGUGAGCUCUAAUGCGCCUUCUGAAAAGCUUUCCUCCUCGCCCUUCUCACGGUUGCCAGAGAAACGCGCUCCCGAGUCAGAAGGGCCUUGCACUGGAGCCAGUGAUGCUGCUAAGAGUUCACAUGAGACUCUGAAUGUAGUGGAGGAGAAGCAGCAGGCAGAGGUUGGGAAAGACGAAAGAGUAAUCACAGAAGAAAUGAACGGUAAAGAGCUAUCACCUGGGAGUGGUCCUGGGGAGACCCGUAAGGUGGAGCCUCUGACGCAGAAAGACUCCACCUCCCUGUCUUCUGAGAGCAGCAGCGGCAGCGAGAGCGAGGAGGAGGAAGACGUGGGCGAGUACCGGCCCCACCACCGUGUGACCCAGGGCACCAUAAGGGAAGAGCAGGAGGAGUAUGACGAAGAGGUGGAGGAAGAAGCCGGCCGAGCAGCCAAGGUAGUAGAGAGGGAGGAAGCAGUGCCAGAAGCCAGCCCAGGCAGACAAGCAGGUGCCAGUGUAAGCGCAGUAGAAACAGUGAUCCGGGAGAAGGUAGUGGCCCCAAAGCUAUCUGCAGAGAAGAGUGUAAACGAAGGCGCUAUUAAGCAAGACAUGAGCGAAGAAACAGAGGACGAGCAGCAUAAAGUUAACGGAGAGGUGUCUCAUGUUGACAUUGAUGUGUUGCCACAAAUUAUUUGUUGUUCCGAGCCACCAGUGGUAAAAACAGAGAUGGUAACAAUUUCUGAUGCCUCACAAAGGACAGAAAUCUCCACCAAGGAAGUCCCUAUUGUCCAAACUGAGACCAAAACCAUCACAUAUGAGUCUCCACAGAUUGAUGGCGGGGCUGGUGGUGACUCGGGGACGUUACUGACGGCACAGACCAUCACAUCUGAGUCCGUGUCGACGACGACGACAACACAUAUCACCAAGACUGUGAAAGGUGGAAUAUCUGAAACAAGAAUUGAGAAACGCAUCGUGAUCACGGGAGAUGCAGACAUCGAUCAUGACCAGGCGCUGGCCCAGGCCAUCAGGGAAGCCAGAGAGCAGCACCCCGACAUGUCGGUUACGAGAGUGGUGGUGCACAAAGAGACGGAGUUGGAGGAAGGGGAAGAGUAAGUAAGAAAUGCAUUUUUUUAAACAACAUUCAACUUUGUGAACCUGAAGAAUUUUGACCAUUCCAAGUCUUAAUGCCACACCACUACUCCAGCGAAUUUAUACUACGACUGGUAACCAUGACCAGGAGCCGGAAGAAUUAAAAUGCCAACGACCAAACCUUACCUUAACAGCUCUGGUCUAUACUGUUCCCUCUCAUUUUAAUACAUUAUUUUGUUUUAUAACCACUUCUAAAUAUUCUUUUUUUUUUCUUAAUUAGGGAGUUUUGUUUUUGUUUUCCCGUUUGCUUUGUGUACAACUACCUGCUUUAUAAUCGCUCAUUUUGAUCAAAUGAUAGUGAACAAAGCCAGCCCAAGCUGGUAAGGUGCCGUUCACUUGAACAGGUGCUGUUGUGCAGAAAGGAAACUCAGUGACUAAUUUCAAUAGCGGCUUUCCUAUCUUCCAGAUUCUUCCCAUUGAAUUCUCACAGGAAAUAUUUACAGAUUUUCAGAUGCAGUCAAUAUACUGUACGAGGAAAUAUUAAUACAGAUUAGAAGCAUUUCUUACAUCUUGAAAAUUUUCUAAUGUUUGAGAAUUUCACUGGGGAUAUUUUUUAUAUUGAACCCUGUUGACUUUCCAGUCCUCUGACUUUGGGCCAGAAAAGUAAAAAGUCAGAGAAUGUCCAGACUGGAGAAUUACCAACAAAUUCACUGACCACGCACUGUGUUGAGAGACCCUGUCGCACCACAGUGCCAAUGCUUCUCAGACACGUGCUCUUUGGCAGCAUUCCAGAAACAGGAGGGAGGAAGAAGAGAAAAUGGUGGCUUCCCUUCUGCUAAAAUAUGCAGGCAGCUUAAAACCUUAGUGCUUUCUUUCUUAACAUGUCCAAAUUUCAGUACUUUCCAUUAUUUGAACACACUUGUGUAGAACGCUUGCUUUGUAUUAAACCUCCUUGUCUACUUGUAAAACUGACCUUUCGUUAUGGAGCAGGUAUGUCUCUUUCAGACAGUUGGAUGAUUCACAUGAGGUUGAGGACACCGGGGAGAGAAGCUGGGGCUGUGGUGGUUUUUUGAUGGUUGUGAGGAAGCUAGACCAUUUACCAGCACACACCAGAGACCUGAUAGGGACCUAUUAACUGUAUUGAACGUUUUUUCCUUUGCUUUUGACCCUAUGUAUAGUUAUGAUGCCAGAUUAGAUUUAUAGCAGCUUCAAGUUGUAUUAAAUGGUAUUUUGCUUUCUGUAAUACUGUUAUAAAAUAAAGUUUGUUUAUUCUCUGAA